UCUUCGGAGCACACCAACAUCUCUCUCCUAUGCAGAAGCCUCCCUAGGAACUUGCUGUGGGCAUGAAAGGUGACCUUUUCUACAAGAUAAUCUGUAAAGAUGUUGAAGUUUAAAUGCGGCACACGAACUCCGGUAGAGGCGGGACCGGUGGAGCCCAUCACCAGCCGAAUUUCUCGGCUAAAUCUGCUCUUUCAGGGGAAGCAGCUCUUUGUGACUCAACAGCAGAUGUCUCCUCUCUCCCGGGAAGGCAUCCUUGAUUCUUUAUUCGUUCUUUUUGAAGAAUGCAGGAACCCCGCUUUAAUGAAAAUUAAACAUGUUGGCAACUUUGUCAAGAAGUAUGCAGAGACUAUAGCUGAAUUAAGGGAACUGCAACCCAAUGUGAAGGAUUUUGAAGUAAAGAGUGUGGUUGGCUGUGGUCACUUUGCAGAUGUAAAAGUAGUAAGAGAGAAAGUUACUGGUGAUGUAUAUGCUAUGAAGGUGAUGAGCAAGGAGUCCUUGUUGGCGCAGGAGCAUGUGUCAUUUUUUGAGGAAGAACGCAGUAUAUUAUCUCAGAGCACCAGUCCCUGGAUUCCACAGUUACAAUAUGCAUUUCAAGACAAGAAAAAUCUCUAUUUGGUUAUGGAGUAUCAGCCUGGAGGGGACUUACUGUCACUCUUAAACCGAUAUGAGGACCAACUAGAUGAGAGUAUGGUGCAGUUCUAUCUUGCAGAGUUGGUUUUAGCCAUUCACAGUGUCCAUCAGAUGGGUUAUGUACACCGAGAUAUCAAACCAGAGAAUGUUCUUAUUGACCGAACAGGACACAUUAAACUGGUGGACUUUGGGUCAGCUGCCAAAAUGACAGUGAACAAAAUGGUAAAUGCCAAGCUACCUGUUGGCACACCUGACUACAUGGCACCAGAAAUGCUAACGGGGUUGAAUGGGGAUGGCAAAGCUGCUUAUGGUCCAGAAUGUGACUGGUGGUCCCUAGGAGUCAUUGCAUAUGAAAUGAUUUAUGGAAGAUCUCCGUUCACUGAAGGGACUUCAGCAAAAACUUUCAAUAACAUCAUGAACUUUCAGAGAUUUCUGAAGUUCCCAGACGAUGUGAAAGUUAGUAGUGAAUUUCUUGAUCUGAUCCAGAGCCUGCUUUGUGGGCAGAAGGAAAGGCUGGGUUAUGAGGGGCUCUGCUGCCAUCCAUUUUUUUCUAAAAUUGACUGGAAUAAUAUCCGUAACUCUCCUCCCCCCUUCGUUCCUACUCUCAAGUCUGAUGAUGACACCUCAAAUUUUGAUGAACCAGAGAAGAAUUCGCGGGUUUUAUCCUCUACGCGCCAGUUGAACCCAGCAGGUUUCUCGGGUGAAGAUUUGCCGUUUGUGGGGUUUUCAUUCAUCAAGGCAUUAGGGAUCCUCAGAUCAGAAUCUGUUUUUUCAAGUGUGGAUUCUCCAGCCAAGGUCAGCUCCAUGGAAAAGAAACUUCUUCUCAAGAGCAAAGAACUCCAAGACGCCCAGGACAAGUGUCACAAGAUGGAGCAGGAAAUGACGCGGUUGCACCGGAGAGUGUCAGAGGUGGAGGCUGUACUUAGCCAAAAGGAGGUGGAACUGAAAGCCUCUGAGACCCAGCGAUCCCUCCUGGAGCAGGACCUGGCCACCUAUAUCACAGAAUGCAGUAGCUUAAAGCGAAGCCUGGAGCAGGCACGGAUGGAGGUGUCUCAGGAAGAUGAUAAGGCACUACAGCUACUUCAUGAUAUCAGAGAGCAAAGCCGAAAACUGCAAGAGAUCAAAGAACAGGAAUAUCAAGCUCAAGUAGAAGAAAUGAGGUUGAUGAUGAAUCAAUUAGAAGAGGAUCUUAUUUCAGCUCGCAGACGUAGUGAUCUUUAUGAAUCGGAGUUGAGAGAGUCCCGCCUGGCAGCUGAAGAAUUUAAACGUAAAGCUACCGAAUGUCACAACAAAUUGCAGAAGGUUAAAGAUCAAGGAAAAAAUGAAGCAGGAGAGUUGUAUUCCAAACUGGAGAAGAUCAAUACAGAGCAGCAGGCCAAAAUCCAGGAGCUGCAGGAAAAACUGACAAAGGCUGUAAAAGCUAGCUCAGAGGCAACUGAACUUCUUCAGAAUAUCCGUCAAGCAAAGGAGAGAGCUGAGAAGGAGUUAGAGAAACUGCAGAAUCGGGAAGAUUCUAAUGAAAGCAUGAAGAAGAAAUUGCUUGAAGCGGAGGAACGGCGCCAUUCUCUGGAGAAUCAAGUGAAGAGAUUAGAGACUGUGGAACGAAGAGAAAACCGUCUAAAGGAAGAUAUUCAAACUAAAUCUCAACAGAUUCAACAGAUGGCAGAAAAAAUUCUGGAACUGGAAGAAAAACAUCGUGAGGCUCAAAUUGCAGCACAACAUCUGGAGUUGCAGCUGAAACAGAAGGAACAAUUCUAUGAGGAAAAACUCAAAGUGUUGGAAAAUCAGAUGAAGAAAGAUCUUGCAGAUAAGGAAGCACUUGAGAAUAUGCUCAGAAGACAUGAAGAAGAAGCACGUGAAAAAUGUAAAGUCCUGGCUGAACAGAAGGCGAUGAUCAAUGCAAUGGAUUCGAAGAUUAGGUCACUGGAGCAGAGAAUAGUGGAAUUGUCUGAGGCCAAUAAACUAGCAGCAAAUAGCAGCCUUUUUACCCAGAGGAACAUGAAAGCCCAAGAAGAGAUGAUUUCAGAACUCAGGCAACAGAAGUUCUACUUGGAAACACAAGCUGGAAAGUUAGAGGCUCAGAAUCGAAAAUUAGAAGAACAAUUGGAAAAGAUGAGUCACCAAGAUCACACUGACAAGAACCGCCUGCUGGAGCUAGAGACUAGGCUGCGAGAGGUUAGUCUAGAGCAUGAAGAACAAAAGCUGGAACUCAAAAGGCAGCUGACAGAAUUGCAGCUGACGCUCCAGGAGCGGGAAUCUCAGAUUACUGGGCUGCAGGCUGCACGGACAGCCCUGGAGAAUCAGCUCCGCGAAGCCAAAACUGAACUAGAAGAGACUACAGCUGAGGCAGAGGAAGAGAUUCAAGCUCUCACAGCACAUAGAGAUGAAAUCCAGCGUAAAUUUGAAGCCCUUCGUAAUAGCUGCACAGUGAUUACGGAUUUGGAAGAGCAGCUGAACCAGCUCAGUGAAGACAAUGCAGAACUGAACAAUCAGAAUUUCUUCCUGUCCAAACAACUUGAUGAGGCCUCGGGGGCCAAUGAUGAGGUUGUCCAGUUGCGAAGUGAAGUUGACCAUCUCCGUCGGGAGAUCACUGAGAGAGAGAUGCAGCUUACCAGUCAGAAACAAACUAUGGAGGCCUUGAAGACAACAUGCACAAUGCUGGAAGAGCAAGUAAUGGACUUGGAGGCCCUGAAUGAUGAACUCUUGGAGAAAGAGCGUCAGUGGGAAGCAUGGAGAAGCGUUCUAGGGGAUGAGAAGUCCCAGUUUGAAUGUCGAGUUAGAGAGUUGCAGAGGAUGCUGGAUACUGAGAAACAGAGCAGAGUGAGAGCAGAUCAGCGUAUUACUGAAUCUCGCCAGGUGGUAGAACUAGCUGUCAAGGAACACAAGGCAGAGAUUCUAGCCCUCCAGCAAGCACUGAAGGAACAAAAACUUAAAGCUGAGAGCCUUUCGGAUAAGCUCAAUGACCUGGAGAAGAAGCAUGCUAUGUUGGAAAUGAAUGCACGCAGUCUACAACAGAAGCUUGAGACAGAAAGGGAACUCAAGCAGAGACUUCUGGAGGAGCAGGCAAAGCUGCAGCAGCAAAUGGAUCUACAAAAGAAUCACAUCUUCCGCCUAACUCAAGGUCUGCAAGAGGCUCUAGAUCGAGCAGAUCUUCUGAAGACUGAAAGAAGUGACCUGGAAUAUCAGCUGGAAAACAUUCAGGUACUCUAUUCCCAUGAAAAAGUGAAAAUGGAGGGCACUAUUUCUCAGCAAACCAAACUCAUUGAUUUCCUUCAGGCCAAGAUGGACCAACCAGCGAAAAAGAAAAAGGUUCCCCUGCAAUACAAUGAGCUGAAAGUGGCACUGGAGAAGGAGAAGGCUCGUUCUGCUGAGCUGGAGGAGGCUCUACAGAAAACACGCAUUGAACUCAGAUCUGCUCGUGAAGAAGCUGCUCAUCGGAAAAUAUCAGACCACCCUCAUCCAUCUACUCCAGCCACAGCCCGGCAGCAGAUCAUCAUGUCUGCUAUAGUCCGCUCACCAGAGCAUCAGCCUACUCCAAUCAGUUUGCUAGCUCCACCCUCCAGUCGCAGGAAGGAAUCUUCCACACCAGAGGAGUACAGCCGACGCCUGAAAGAGCGAAUGCAUCAUAAUAUCCCACAUCGUUUUAAUGUGGGGCUAAAUAUGAGAGCAACAAAAUGUGCGGUGUGUCUGGAUACUGUUCACUUUGGACGACAAGCAUCUAAAUGUCUCGAAUGCCAGGUGAUGUGUCACCCAAAAUGCUCAACUUGCUUGCCAGCUACUUGUGGACUGCCAGCAGAAUAUGCCACGCACUUCUCUGAAGCGUUCUGCCGGGAUAAAAUGAAUUCUCCCGGUCUGCAGCUGAAGGAGCCAAGCAGCAGUCUACGUCUUGAAGGAUGGAUGAAAGUGCCAAGGAAUAAUAAACGUGGGCAACAGGGCUGGGACAGGAAGUAUAUUGUCCUGGAGGGAACGAAAGUGCUCAUUUAUGAUGCAGAAGCAAGAGAAGCUGGACAGAGGCCUCUGGAGGAAUUUGAGCUCUGCCUUCCCGAUGGUGAUGUAACAGUUCAUGGAGCUGUAGGAGCCACUGAACUUACAAAUACAGCAAAGACAGAUGUGCCAUAUAUCCUAAAAUUGGAGUCUCAUCCACACACCACUUGCUGGCCUGGUAGAACACUCUACCUGUUAGCACCCAGCUUCCCUGACAAACAGCGCUGGGUCACAGCACUGGAAUCAAUAGUGGCAGGUGGGAGAGUUUCCAGAGAAAAAGCUGAGGCUGAUGCUAAAUUGCUUGGAAACUCCCUGCUGAAGCUGGAAGGUGAAGACCGUUUGGAUAUAAAUUGCACAAUGCCCUUCAGUGACCAGGUUGUACUGGUGGGUGCAGAAGAAGGUCUCUAUGCCCUGAAUGUCCUGAAGAAUUCCUUAACGCACAUCCCAGGAAUGGGUGCCGUCUUCCAAAUUCACCUCAUCAAGGAUCUGGAGAAGCUACUCAUGAUAGCGGGAGAAGAAAGGGCUCUGUGUCUUGUCGAUGUAAAGAAAGUGAAGCAAUCCCUAGCCCAGUCUCACCUCCCAGCCCAGCCUGAUAUCUCGCCAAACGUCUUUGAGGCUGUCAAAGGAUGUCACCUUUUUGCUGCUGGCAAGGUUGAGAAUGGUCUUUGUAUCUGUGCAGCCAUGCCCAAUAAAGUGGUUGUUCUGCGAUACAAUGAGAGCUUGAGCAAGUUCUGUAUCAGAAAGGAGAUCGAAACCUCUGAGCCUUGCAGCUGCAUCCAUUUGACCACUUACAGCAUCAUCAUUGGAACCAACAAAUUCUAUGAGAUUGAGAUGAAGCAGUAUACGCUGGAGGAGUUUCUGGAUAAAAAUGACCACACUUUGGCCUCUGCUGUGUUUGCUGCUUCCACCAACAGUUUUCCAGUCAGUAUCAUCCAAGUGAACCCAACGGGGCAGAGGGAGGAGUAUCUGCUGUGUUUCCAUGAGUUUGGUGUCUUUGUGGAUUCCUAUGGAAGACGCAGUAGGACAGAUGACCUGAAAUGGAAUCGCUUGCCCUUAGCUUUUGCCUACAGGGAGCCCUAUCUGUUUGUGACCCACUUCAAUUCCCUUGAAGUCAUCGAGAUUCAGGCACGAGCUUCUCUAGGAACUCCUGCACGAGCCCACUUGGAGAUACCAAAUCCACGGUAUCUAGGGCCUGCAAUCUCAUCUGGAGCUAUCUACUUGGCCUCCUCCUACCAAGACAAAUUAAGGGUGAUUUGCUGUAAGGGCAAUCUAGUGAAGGAGACCAACAAUGAGCAGCACCACAGAGGAUCUUCUGCUACGCGCAGUAGCCCUAACAAGAGAGGUCCGCCCACAUACAACGAGCACAUAACCAAGCGGGUAGCGUCAAGCCCAGGACCACCAGAAGGUCCAAGCCACCCUCGAGAACCAAGCACACCACAUCGGUACCGCGAGGGAAGGACAGAGUUGCGGAGGGACAAGUCACCUGGGCGACCACUGGAGAGGGAGAAAUCUCCAGGCCGGCUUCUGAGCACCCGCAGAGAAAGGUCCCCUGGAAGACUCUUCGAAGAGAGCAGCCGAGGACGAAUGCCUGUGAGCGGUGCCAGAACUCCUCUUGCUCAAGUCAAUAAGGUCUGGGACCAGUCUUCAGUGUAAGUCUCAGCUAGACAGAGUUACUCGUCUUGACCUGCAGGAAAAAAAAAGGAAAUAUACUGAGUAUACGCGCUCCAUAUGUCUGCUGCCCAGUUACCAAAACCAUUCCUGGGCCAAAGCUAGCGCCGCCUCGGGAGACGUGACGCUUCUGAAGAUUGUUCACAUCUCAGUUAAUUUCUCUGCACUUUCCUGCACUCCUGUUUUUGCACUUUGUACUACUGUUACUCUUUCAAGCAGUUCAUGAACUUUUUGUAUUCACUUUAGUCCCUAGUAGUUCAUCAAGGAAAUUAAAGGGGACUAGAGUCCCACCCCAGGUCGUUAACGUGGUUAGCACCCCUUACCAGAUAAUUGGUCGUAGUUCUGAGACGUGCUGGGAACUCCCGAUGGCCUGGAAGCAGAAGGGCCGAGGUGAGCGAGCCUUUCCAUAGCUGUGAUUGAUUGGAUAUUCUCCACAGGAAAAAUAACUUGUGACUAGUCUGUUCACCUGCCACUUCUGAAAGUUAUUUUGUUCUCACUAAAAUUGCUCCAGAGCAGCUCUGAUGGGGAGGGAAGAACCCCGCUUUAAACGAUCCCAUGUGCCCAGCCCCGAGACAAAGUGCAUUACCUGUAAGCUACUGGGGUGUAAGACUUUAUCCAGGUCUUCUGCAUGACAGUUCACUGCAUGCUGCUGCACCAUCACUGGCUGCUCUCUCCUUUUAGGUUGCUUUGCUGAGUAGUGUAUUGUACCUCACUUGUAAAUUAACUGAAACCUUUAGAUUACGCUGCAAAAUAACCGUUAAUUACUCUGGGAAUUUGGCAACGAAGAGUUAACGAGCCUUAUUCUAUGACAAGAAUUACAGUCACACUUGUGUUCGCCUCUCAGCCUUGAACACGGUCCCUGCAGAAAUGUCACCGCAGUCCUGCCAGUCCCACGGUCCCCCGAGAGGAGCAGCCCAGGGCUGGCUCCUCCCGUGCCUGUAACUUGUCGUACAAUAAGCACCACAUGUCGUGGCACAAGAGGAUACUCACAAUGAACAGCUUAGCGGUUACUGAACGCGCCUUCGCCUUUGCUUCUGCGUAUCUAACCUCGAGCCAUUUAUUGCUUUCUAUUCUCUUUUGCUGUGAACAUGAAGCAGAGAGCAAAUGAUUUUCAAAGCAGGUUUUGACCAUUCAGUCUGCAAUAGCAACAUUCUGAGUGAACAACCAUGUUCUUUACAACUGGAAAGAGCAAAACUGCAUCCAAUCUUCCCUUGGCCACACUCUUAAACUCCUGCUAGCCCCUUGCAAGCCUGUGCUAACCUGUUCUAGAACCCCAUAACAAUUCAAAUGCCUUGUCAGUGUCCUUUGGCGAGUUCCAUGACUACUGUAUUCCGUUCUCUUGUCUGUUGGUUUAUUUUAGAUCAGAUGACUUGGCAGGAAACUUGCUGAAAGUUUUUGUCUCCUGGUCUGAAUAUUUUGAAAGGUCACUGAGAUCAGUCUUUAAAUCUUUGCAUCUCAUGGGAGAUCUUCAAGACCUCAGAAAGGGGCUUGUCGAGUCCUGCAAGUGUAUAUCUUGUGUCUUGUUCGUGAAAUGCUUCCUGCUAUAGAAAUAGCUCAAAGGACUGUACAUAUUUACAAGAAACUUUAUAUUCGUAACAAAAGGGAAUUGAAUUGGUUUCUACUUUUUUAUUGUAAACUGUGCGUUUUUCAACACGAGCUUUUUGUUUUAAUGGUGGUUGUGGACAGCCAUCUUCAGACACUGGAGGGGCCUCAGCUUAGUCCUCCUCGCUCCCAUGAAGAAAUAUUGUAACAUUAAAUUGCAAUUGAAGCUUGUUAGCAUAAACAAGGUUUUAGGUCUCAAAGUACAGGAUUUUUCUUCAUUACCUUUUUAUUAUUGACAAGGGAGGGAACCAGAGGGACAGU